AUGACGAAUCAUAUAUUAAACCAAUGUUCAAAAUGUCCUUUGCAAAUUAAACAAAAAUAUGGCAAUGAAAUACAAUCGAGUUCGAAGUAUUCGACGUCAGAAGAAAAAGAAAGUAACAAAGAUAUCCUUCUAGAUGCAUUAGAAGAUACCAGUCUCCCUUCAACUAGCAAAAAGGACACGUCAUCAAUGUCAUCAUCUUCCGAAUCUCCAUUACCAUCAGUAAAACGCAAGAAAGCUAGCUGUCAACAAACAUUGAGCGGGUUUUUCGAUAAGAUAGCUGUUUCAGAGUCUUCUAAAAUUGACGAGGCAUUAGCUAGGGCUCUUUAUGCUUCUGGUGCUCCUUUUUCUCAUUUCAAAAAUAAAUAUUGGGAACACCAAAUACCUAGCCCUUACGCCCUGUUAACAAACUUACUUAAUUCCGAGUAUGAACGUGUACAGAUAAAUGGAAGUCAAAAGCUUUCUGAAUCCGAUAGUUUAUCAAUAGUAACAGAGAGUUGGACAAAUAUAGUCGGAGAUGGAUUAAUCAAUAUUGUUAUAUGCACGCCUAUACCUUUAUUUUACAAAACUGUUCAUCGUGGCACUGCAAAAGAAACGGGAACGUAUAUAAGUAAUGAACUUAUCAAAGUUACUCAAGAACUAGGGCCACAAUUUUUUUUUUAA